GUCAAUAAACUUUCAAGAUGGCGGAUUAAUAGGGCACCUGCCAGACCGUCGGUUUCUUUACAAAUUAAGAUUUAAGUCCUGCUGGUCGGGAACUUUUUUCCAAUCCAACAUGGCCACAAAAGAAAAAGUAAAGAAGAAGGCCAAACAAAUUUUCGAGCAAAAGGAAGUUGAAAGGCCCGGCAGUGCCCAUAGCCAGAUCAGCGUGAAGGAAGCACAGACUACAAAGGACAACACUGGUGACAAUGGUCCACCAGAAAAGUUUAUUGAAGAUGAGAAUAAACAAGAAAAAGGUGAAACAUCCAAGCAGAGAGACAAAAACAAAGCAAGUCCUGUGGGUACACCACAGAAAAGCAAGCCAAGUCCUGUGGGAACUCCCCAGAAAAGCAAGAGUCGAGAAAGUACCCCAAGUAAGAAAUCUAAAUCUGAGAGUGCCCCAAAGAAAGGAGGGAAAAAGACACCAGUGAUGCCGGAACGAUCACCGAGUCCCGCUCUCUCUCUCGUCCCGUCAGAGGAUACAAGACGUUCCCCAUCACCAUACCGCAAAAAUAAAGUCGAUCCAAGGACUGGAACCAAAGAAAUGGGUAGUGCUGUAUCCAUCAGAUCUACAUCAACAGUCAGAGAGGCCUGGACUGAUAGAAGUGAAACAGCGUCUAUGGAUGGUCUGGAUAGGGCCAGCUUGGGAAGCAAGGAUGAGGAAAUAGCUCAGAACGCAUACAUCCCUUACCUCUACGCAAGAAAAUGUAUCGCAAAGAUUGUUGACGACCUAAAAUAUAUGAAGCACAACCACAUCAGGAUUGUAGGGGACAUACAGACACAAUACAAGGAGAUUGAGGAUGAAACACAGUCGCAGUUCAACUUGUUUGUGUUUGCCCUGAGAACACAGUAUUCAGGAAAGGUUCAGACAUUUAAACAGGUGAUUGAUAUACAUCGCGUCGACCUGCGACAGAAGGAGGAUUACUGGAACGAAAUGUUAGCCAGUUUGGCUGAGAGAAACAAUAGACUUCUGAAAGACAAGAAAGUACUACUGAUCCAAAACAAAGUCGAGAUAGAAAGAUUGGAGAAAGAAAGGAUAGAGGUACAGACAGAGCUCACUCAACAACUGGAUAAGUCCAAUGCUGCCCUCAUCGCAGCUCAGAGAGACACUGGUACUGCUGAUGAACUAAAGGCUGUGGUUGUCCAGCUUGAUGCUCAAAAAGCAGAAGUUGCAAGACUUCAAGCCGAACUGACUGCAAGCAAAUCUGUUAGUGCAACUGCGGUGACUGCAGCCGCUGUCGUAGCAACCAGGGAUACAGAGUCUGAACAAGAGGAGCAGAAAGAGGUAGCCAAGACAACUGCACCAUUAAUGGCCGCUGCUGUGGUCAGUGAUAAUGAAAAAUCAAGGAUUUCCAAUGAGAGGGAUCAGAUGGAAGAUGAGAGACAGAAGUACGAUGAUGAAAGGUUGAUGAUGGAAGACGAUAGAUUGGGGUUUGAAAAUCAGCGUCAAGAAUGGCUGAACGAGAUCAAAGCUCUCCAGCUUGCUGUGGCUGUCAACACUAAGGAGAAUGCUGAGUGGAAGGCCAAAUACACAGGGAUGAAGGGACAGCUGGAAGAAAGUGCAACACUACAUGCUAAAUACAAGGCCUUGGAGGACCAGUACCUGGCUAUGGCUGCUAUCGUUGCAGCAUCAGACUCGUCCAAGAAACUUGCUGAGGAUAAUGCCAAGAAGACCAAGGAAGAGAAAAACAUGAUGAUAGUGGAACAGGACAGGACAGACACGGAGAUACAACAGUGGGAGGAAGACUUCGUCCAGAAGAAUGGCCGGCCCUCCACCGACGACGACAAGCCAGAUUCUGUGAAAGAAUUAUAUGUGCAGAAGGAAGAAUUAGCUACCAUGGUGACCUCACUUGACAAAAAGCUGGAUACUUUUGAGAAAGUAGAAAAGGGAAAAAUUCCAGAUCCCCCUGAAGUGCCUCCCGUUCCUAUUGUGGUCAAGGACCCUGAAGUGCAGACUAUUGAGAUAAAGGUACCAGAUCCAGCAAUAGUGGUACAGUUGGAGGCAUCGUAUGAUGAAAUGCGUAAACUGAGGGAACAGAUCUCGGAGCUGCAGCAGGAAAACUUGAACCAGAGCUCUCAGAUUUCUCAGCAGAAUGAGGAGCUCUCCAAGCAGAGAGACCGCAUUACAGAGCUGGAACACGAGAUUGCUGCAUUGAAGGCUGCUGCUGUAGCUACGGCAGCUGCUGGGGCUAGCAGUGCUGAAUUGGAUGAGUUGAAGAAAGAGAACAGAGGAAUGAAAAAAGACAUGAAGAAGUUACUGAAGAAACUGGAGAAGAACAAGACAGGAACAGAUCCUGCAUUGGUUGGAUCUCCAGAACAAAAGAUUUCGACCUUGGAGGAUAGAGUGACUGACAUUGAGUCUGAAAAUGAAAGUUUGUUGGAGGACAAAUCUAAGCUGACCUCUGAGAGAGACAACCUACUGGAACAAAUGACAGCCUUGCAGCUACAGUUAGCCACAGCAGAGACUGCUGCCCAUGUGGGUACCAGCGAACAUACUGUAGUUCCUGUGGCAGCUCCUGCCCCUCUGCAGUCAAGUCAUGGACAGGAGUGUACAGUGUCCGGCCAUGCUGAGCUGGUAGAACAGUUACAGAUAAAGACAGAGGAGAUAGCAGAGAAGGACAUGAAGAUACAGGAACAGGAGCAGCGUAUUUCUGACAAGAUACAGGAGAUUGAAAAAGUGAAAGAUGAGAUGAAGCACAUGAGGAAGGACAUGUUGAAGAUGGCCAAACAGCACAGCAAGCUUCAGCUGAAACUCAAAGAUCUGGUGGAGUUUGCGAAAACAAAGAAGCUUCUGGCAGCUGUAGCGAGAUAUGUACAUGAGAUCCAUGGCGAGGUUCCUGAUGCAGCUAAUGGAGUGGUUACCAAACUAACCCUUGUCACUGCUGAUGUAGCUACAGACCGCAUGCCAUACGACCAGAGCCAGAAGGCUGUAGAUGCAUGGGAGGAAAAAUACAAGAAGAAGAAUGGAAAAGCGCCUGGUGAAAAAGACAGGGAUGCCGAGGGGAAAAAGGUUUAUGCUGCUAUGGAGGAGAAAAAGGCAGCUCUAGAUGAUUCCAAGAUAAACAUGGAAGCCCUUAAGAUCAUGAAAACAGGAGACUAUGUCGCUCCAAUAUCUCGCCAAGCUUCCUCAGUACAGGACAUCAAAGAGGAGGGAGCUAUGGUGGAACGGAUUGAGCACCAAAUGUCGGCAAUGGACAACAAAGUGUCUGAACUGGAGACAGAGAAUGACGAUCUGAAGAAAGAGAGGAGUCAAAUGGCCGCCAAGUUGAUGGACCUGGAAACCAAGUUGGAAGAGGCCAAGAACCAAGCUGAACUACAGGCCUCUCUGGCCAUGGGGACCAACACAGAGGAAUUGUCGGAGCAGAUCACCCGUCUCCAGGCUCAGGGAACCAGUCAGGACACCGUCCUAGCCCAGGAAAAAGCUGCACACAGCAACACUAAGGAUGAGUUGGAAAAUCUCCGCAAACAGAUGGACGUCUUAAGGGAGGAGAUGAACAACGAGAAGGCUGACAUUAGGGCUAAAUUAGACAGCAACAACAAGACGUCUAAGGCCAUCAUGAAGGCCAUGGAACAGGAACUUGACAAGUCAAAGACUAGAAUUGAUGAGUUAGAGAAGGAGAGACUGGCCAAUGUACCGAUGGACACAGCCAAGGAAAUAAAGAAUCUGCAAACCAAGAUUGCAGCCCUUGAGAAGGAGAAGUCAGCCUCUGGUACGACAGCUGUUGGUCUUACUGGUCAGAUGUCUGAGCUACAGACAAAGCUGGACAGUGCUAAUAAAAACCUGGAGACCCAACGAGCUGCUAAUAGGGACCUAGAGGCUAAAUGUAAGAAUGCUAAACUGGAAAAAGACAAGUCAGUGAGAGAUGCGGUGUCGGUACAGGAGAAAAAAGAUCAGUCCAGGAUGAACGACGACAAGAAAAGGAUUGCUGCUCUGGAGAAACGGAUCAAGGAGCUAGAGUCGGCCGGAGUAAAACCAGGCGUCGUUGCUGCUGUUGGGGGUAAGGGUGGUAAUACUGAGGCUGCAGUGAAGGCUAUGCGAGAACAGGUGAUCAAACUUAAACAGGAGAACAAUGAGCUGAACACGCGUAUCAAACAAGUGGAAUUGGAUAUGAAGCGAGGUGGUCGACCAGGGACUGCUGCUGCUGGAGGACUGGCAGAAGAUAAAAACGCACAGAAGAGAAAUGAAAAGAUCCUGAAAGAACUUGAAAAGAGAGUUGAAAUAGAGAAGAAUAAAAGCACGAAACUGGAUGAAAACCUGAAAACCACUGAAGAGGAGCUCAAAGUAACAAAGAAGGAGCGUGACAACAAUGUCAAUGAACUGAAGAAGGUGAAGUUGGAGUUGGACACGCUAGGUAUGGCUGCUAAAGAGGGAGUAGAGGCUGCAACUAAGGUCAAGGCCUUGGAGAAGGAUAACAGGAAACUAGGGGAAGAAAACAAGACCCUCACAGAAAACUACAACUCAGAGAGGGUUCUCCGUAGAAAGUAUUACAACAUAGUUGAGGACAUGAAGGGGAAGAUCCGAGUGUACUGUAGGGCUAGACCACUCAGUGGGACUGAAAAGGGCAGGGGUAACGUGUCGGUUAUUAAAUCCCCGGAUGAAUACUCCAUCAGUGUUGAAUCGUCUCGUGGGCUGAAGGAGUUUACAUUUGACCAAAUCUUUAUGGAGGCCACAUCACAGGAGAAGGUGUUUGAGGACACCAACAACCUUAUCCAGUCUGCAGUGGACGGGUUUAACGUGUGCAUCUUCGCCUACGGACAGACGGGCUCCGGUAAAACGUACACAAUGAUCGGUGACAGGGACCAGAAAUACCCCGGAAUCGCACCAAGAGCUUUUGAAAGGAUCUUUGAAUUAGGUCAUGAACUCAGAUCCAAGUUUACCAUCACGGUGACUGCCUACAUGAUGGAGCUGUAUAACGAAAAGCUCAUCGAUUUGUUUGCCAAGCCUGGUACAUCAGAUGACGAUAGGAUGGAGAUUAAGAAGGACAAGAAAGGCAUGGUGUAUGUACAGGGGUCGUGUGUAAAGGAUGCACACAACGCCAAAGAACUUGGGGCGCUGUUUGAUGAAGGCAGCAAGAACAGACAUACUGCCUCCACAAAGAUGAACGAUGAGAGUUCACGUUCCCAUCUCAUCAUUGGUAUCAUGUUGGAGAGUACUAACAAGGCUACAGGACAAGUUCUCAAGGGAAAGCUGAGUCUGGUGGAUUUGGCUGGUAGUGAGCGUGUGGCUAAGACAGGGGCCGGUGCAGAACAGCUCAAAGAAGCCAUGUCCAUCAACAAGUCCUUGUCGGCCCUGGGCGACGUGAUUUCUGCCCUGAGUAGUGACCAGCAGUUUAUUCCCUACAGAAACAACAAACUCACCAUGUUGAUGCAGGAUUCCCUUGGAGGCAAUGCUAAGACACUCAUGUUUGUCAACAUCUCCCCCGCAGACUACAACCAGGACGAAACCAUCAUCUCACUCAUGUAUGCAUCCAGAGUGAAACUCAUCACCAAUGAUGCAUCCAAGAAUGCUGACAACAAAGAGAUUUCCAAGUUGAAGAGCAUCAUCGCGAAGUUGAAGAAGGGAGAAGAUGUUGAAGAAGUGGAAUAAAUUCCUUUACUAUUGCUCACUGAAGGCUGUCGUGUACCCUCAACUACAAAAUGGACAGCACAGUUUCUGUCUGGAUAAGUUUUGGAGAAAAACAAGGACAAAAACAUUAUAUACCAUGGCCCUUUCUUAAUCAAGUUAAUUUUGUUCUCAGAUAAAGUUCCUGGAUUACAUAUGAAAAAAACUAUCUUCCCACUCUUUACCAAAAACAGUGGAAUAAAAAUAUAAUUUAUCCUGGAUUAAUGAGGCAUGAUUUUAUACAUAUGAAGACUUUCACGUGGUAGGUUUUUGUUUAUGUCAAUUUUACAAAAUUGAUUAAAUUUGAAUAAUUUUAUUAUUGAAAAAAAAAUUGUUCAUUUUG